AGCUCGUCGCUGUGCAUGAAUGAACUGAAGAGCGAUACUGAUGUGAGAUCGGAUCGGAUCAAUGAUGAGCUCCUCUCCAUCGGUCCUGCACUGGGAUGGUCUGUGGCAAACAUGUGUGUAGCUGUGCUGAUUAUUCACACUAAAACCCUGGAGAAGAAGCCCGUCGAUGAUGUAGCCUCCACCGAGUCUGUGCAGCUGCAUGAGCCGCCGACCAUGAGCCAAGGGACGGCCCUCUUCUCCUUUGGAAUCAUGGAGUCUGGACGCUGGCCGGAGGUGGCUGGAGUGUGUGGUGUCCAGCAGCGGCCCGUGGGCUCCAGUCUGGAGAGUCUGUGGGACAGUGUGAGAGAGACGUGUUCUGCUCGUGAGGCGGGUGCCGCCGGUGGCAUCAGCGGUCUGCUGCGUGACCUGAGUCUGAGCGAAGCGUCUCCGGCCAGCGCCGCGCCGCCCAGUAAACGCCAGUGUCGCUCGCUGUCCUGCUCGGAUGAGCUCGGCUGUCGCUCCUCGUGGCGGCCGCAGGGAUCACGCGUCUGGACGUCCGUGGAGAAGCGCCGCUGCCACAGUGGAGGAAGUGUUCAGCGCGGUGUCUUUGCUCCGUCUGGGUUUCCCACAAUGCAGCGCAGCUCCAGCUUCAGCCUGCCCACACGCAUUGAUCCGCCGGAGACCUUUAGCCACGGCUUCCCUUUCGCUGCCUUCUCCGCGUCCCCGCAGACGCCUCAGGCUCUCUACCUCUCACACGAGCAGAUCUGCCCCACCGAGUCCAGCUCGCCCGACUCCACGCCCGAGCUGGAGCGCCGCCACAGUCAGGGCCUCGCCCGCAGCCAAUCACAGCCCUGCGUCCACAACGACAAGAAGACCGGCGUGAAGCGCAGGAGACCGGCCGACUCUCACAAACACAGGCCUUCACUGGACCUGCUCAAGAUGACACAGGUGUGUGUGUGUGUGUGUGUGUGUGUGUGUGAGAGAGAGAGAGAGUGU